ACAGACCUUACAUUUAGACCAAUCGCGUGGGCAUGGCCACGUUCUCAGGUUUUUUCUGUACGAGGUGACAAGUAUUCCACGAGAUCAACGCAGAUUUAUUUGAAGUUUUAAACGUAUGCAGAGGAUUAUCUUUCCUCUAAAGAGAGAUAAGACCUUAUCUAGACAUGGCAACGUCCGAGAGUGACGCUGAUUUUGAAAGCGCUGACGAAGAAUUGGGACGUGGUAUGUCUUCUAGAAGAGAUACACAAACAACUUACUGGACAGCAAACAAACCUCGAACGGUGGACUCUGAGUCAGAUGACGAUGUCGAGGCCGCUCAACAUAUGCCUUGCAAUUCGAAUACACAGAAAAAUCACAAUGUCUGGAUAACCUCUUUGCCAGAUAUACCAAUAAGUCCGAUAACGGUUAGCGAUAAGGAUAAUAAGACUGAUAGCGAUGUCAAAGUUGAAAGUAGCGUACAUAUGGAAGAGCCAGCUGAUUGUACAGAAAAGACUUCUGGUAAUCAAGAAGACACGCUCGUGUCUACCAAAUCGCCCACAUCAGGCUCUGCUACGGAAAAGAAAGAUGUCGAUUCUGUGGUAGAAAGUUGCAAAGUUGCAGAGUCAAAAGAUACCAUGUCUAAAGCAGAAGUAAGAUCUAAAGGAGUUUCGCGCACUUCACGACGAAAUCCAUCCUGUCAGCUGAAUGCAAAAAAAUUAGGAACUAAAGUUACAAGCCUUGAGAAAUCUCUUCUUGUGGAUGAUGUGAAUGCAGGCUUGAAAGAAGCAUCUGUGUUCGAUUGUUCUAAUCAAGAAUCUUUACACUCUGAAUAUAAAGGUGCAGAAUGUAGAUUACAAGAAAAAUCUAAAGCUCAGUUAACAGAUAAUGAACUUGAAUCACAGAGUACAGAUGAUUUGCAAGAAACAGACAUGCCUGAAGAAUUAAGAUCAAAUAAAAAAUUUAAAGAAGUUUUUCAGCCUGAAGGUUGGGAAGGCCUUGGGAAUGACAUUGAAUUGCCCGAUGAACUGACAGAGGAGAAAUUGCAACCUAUAUUGGAGAAACUUUCCUUAGUGAGCAGAGAAUCAGAAAGUUCUUUAGACACCUGGGGUAACUGGGGAAGCUGGGGUGUAACUUCAUUAAUCAAUACUGCCACUGCAAGUAUGUCAACUUUGACUACUCAUGUAUCUCAAGGACUGACACUUUUUGAUGGUACAACAGAGGUAGCAGAACCUACAGAAGUGACAGCAACAAUGGAGAAUGAAAUUACUGCAUCCAGUGAUACAGGGAUGUCAGAAAUGCAGGAACAAAAGGGUUCGUCAUACAGUUCGUUUGGAUUUGGCAAUAUCAUGUCAGGAGUAUCUUCAAUUACAAAAUUGGUUGAACUGACCGGUAGUAAAGUGAUGACGGGCGGUUUAGACACGUUAGAAGCUAUCGGAAAGAAAACAAUGGAGGUGCUGCAGGAUGGUGAUCCCGGGUUGAAAAAGAAAAGAGCCUUCUUCAUGAACGAGACAGAUAAACCAAUUUUAUCGCAGAUCCUGCGAGAAGCGAAAGAGAAAGCCGAGACCGAGGAGAGAACGAUCGAGGAACGCAUGUUAUCUCGAAAAGUGCACUUCGAGACCCUCUUUGAUGACUAUCAGGGACUUGUUCAUCUAGAGGCUCUAGAGAUAUUGUCGAAACAAAGCAACAUGAAGAUUCAACAGCACCUGAUCGAACUCGACACGAACGAAUUGACUUCCAUGCAAGAGACGUUGGAGGAAAUCAAAGAAUUGUGCGACCUGGGCGACGAGGAUGAAGAAGAGAAGAACGAGAGAGAUUUCAAGAACAGAUUAGAGACAGCCUGUCGUGAUCUCGGUGUCGAUAUCACUUACGAGAAGUUACACAGUAUUUGGACAGAAACGGAAAAUUAUCUCGCAUCAUCUUCGACGUACACGAGUCGGGAGAUCUUUCAGAGCGCCGUAUCGACGUUAGCGCAGUUCACGGCAUUUUCCGUAGAAAGGUUCCACAAAACCGCGGAACUGCUAUUGAUCAAAGAACGACGCAGUACAGUGAACGAAGCCGACGCCUUGGUGCAGCUUACUAAUAUUUUGACCGAACAAACCAGCGCGUUGGCAAAUUCAUUCUGUGACACGUUAAAUCGGUUCACCGAGACCUCGGAGAAAGCGGAUGACGACGUUAACGCAAAAAAUAUAACUACGAUUUUCUUAGAAGCUGCCAAUGCAAAUUCGUAUAUUCAAGAUGCCUUCAGGCUCCUUAUUCCCAUUCUGCAAAUCGGUGCUAUCUAAUGAGGUGUUAUGAAAUGUAAAGAAGCUUUUUAUUGUUUAUACUUAACGAUAUCCUCUCUAGGUUAAAUACAAUUCUCUCGACGCAGAUAUAGAAAUUGUAGUAUUACUAUGUUACUCCGUUUUAUAAAUGUUCUCGCUUUAUCUUGUUUGUGUUUUAUACAAAUAGCAUUCUUGCUCGAAAAAGGGACCAAUUUUAGCUUGAUAUAUUUGUCUACUUCACUAUUACCGAUUUUCGCAAUAUCUCGUUUAAUUACAAACACGCGAGAAAGUGUGUAAAAAUAUACAAGUUUUCGACAAACUGGCCAAAUUUCAGUAGAAAAUUAUUUUAAUAUAUACUUAUGUACUAAUAAUACUAUUAUUUCGAAAUAAUGAAACUUUAAAUAUUUAAUAUAAAGCAAAGAAGGUUACGAGGAUUAAUGUAAGAGAAACUAUCUGUAAUGUAAAAUAUAAAUUUCAAUAAAGUUUAGCAUGUACAUAUAUUAACGCAUAUAAAAAAAAGAAAUGACCAGACUAUUUUACAUGAUAUUUCAUGAUCGAAAUAUAGAACAUACAAAAAUA